GUCUGUGUGUGUGAGAGAGAAAGAGAGAGAUGUGUGUGUGCGUUUUCUUCUUCAACUGGAGCGAAAGUCAAAGCGUCUGUCGUUCGUCAUGACUGUUACAUCGAUGAAGGGAUUUUACACAAGGAAUCAAACUGAACUUUAGAUUGGUGUAAACAUGGCCCAUCGUUCCCAGUGUUCCUCUGCCGGGGACAAUCCCCUGGACCCAAACUACCUGCCCCCUCAUUACCGUGAGGAAUAUCGCUUGGCCAUUGAUGCCCUGGUUAAUGCUGACUUAGAAGGCUACUAUGGGUUUCUUCAGGAAGCAAACGUGGUUGAUUUCUUGUCCCAAACAGAGAUUGAGUAUAUCAAAUGCACAAUACGUGCUCCUAAUCAGACUGCCCAGCCGGAGAGGAGAUACAUGGCUGAAGAUGCUGAUGGCUCUUCUGGCACUUACUGGCCCGUACAUUCAGACCACGAUGCUCCGAGUUUGGACUUAGGCUGGCCACAACAAUUCCGAUUUGUUGGACCUACUGAGGUCACUACAUUGGUGAACCCAUCUGACCCUGAGAUGCCCAGUAUCAAGGAGCAAGUUCGUAGAAUGAUCAAGAAUGCACAACAAGUUAUUGCUGUGGUAAUGGAUAUGUUUACAGAUGUCGACAUCUUUGCUGAUAUCCUUGGUGCAGCAGCACGUGGUGUGGCCGUUUAUGUUCUUCUUGAUGAACUAAAUGCUCACCAUUUUGUUGCAAUGGUGAACAACUGUAGGGUUAAUCUGGAUGAGAUAAAAUGUAUGCGGGUGAGAACCGUCUCUGGUAGUACCUAUUUCUGCCGCACAGGAAAGACUUUCAAAGGUCAAAUGAUGGAUCGUUUUAUACUUGUAGACUGCAGAGCUGUUUUAAGUGGCAACUAUAGCUUCAUGUGGUCAUUUGAGAAGAUACAUCGCUGUCUAGCUCAUCUGUUUCUGGGACAGCUUGUGUCCACCUUUGAUGAAGAGUUUCGGAUUUUGUUUGCCCAUUCGGAGCCACUGGAUGUUGAAAAUGUUUUGGCCAAUAUGCCACACUACAGUAGUGAACCUGAAAACUACUACAACACAGAGAAGACCGCCAUGUUUAACAGACAAUAUCCAACUGUAAGCAUGGACUGGCCUGAAUGUACUGCAGCUGUUCACAUGAAUGCGGGUCCCAAAAUGUUACCCUAUAGGAGUGAAUCCAUGCACAGUGCACCAGUUGCAAUGCCUGCUCCCCAACAAUAUAGAGGAGAUCAUCAAUUCAUUGAGCAUGGAAGGCCAAUGAGAGGACCAACUGAAAUGGUUGGAUACAAAAGGCAUAGCUACGGAAAUCUCCCUGAUUUUGAAUAUAUGUCCCCUCAAAACCAUCCAAUGAGAGGGAAUCAGUACAUGGAGGAAGCAAUGUCCCACGAGGCCAAGGCCACCAUGUUGGAUCCGUUAUCAGGCUCUGGCUAUCCUUCUGAGGUAGAUGAAGCUGAACCAACUGGAGGUUAUGAUCAUGUUCAAAGAUACCUCCAGUCUCACUCUGCUAUGGAGGAAGGACAUGCUCCAAGACAUCUAUUGCCUCCUGUUGCAGUCUGGCCGAAGAAAAAGACCUGCCUCAAACCACAGUCCCUGAAGGAAAUAGCAAAAGGAUGGAAUCGCCAUCUAAUGUUUUGCAAAAAAUCAUCAUCUCUCAUAGAUAUGAAUGACCCGGACUGUAGACUGAGGUAUUUCAAAGAGUUGGCAGCCAAACGCAAACUUUCAGCAGCAAAGACUUCUCAAAACAAUCCAGUGAAAGCCACCCAAAAUUUGCUCUACCAGAGAAACCUGCAAAUAAUGACACAGAUAAAAAGCUUACCACAGACAAAAUCAAUGUCACCAAUAAGCACCACUCCAAAUAAGGACUGUCUAUCUGCAAAUGAUUCCCAAACUCUUGCACAGAGCUCACUCUGCAUUUCUAGCACAUCCUCAAAUGAUGUGUCUUUGGAUUCUAGCUCAGCAUCAAACCUUGCAAUUGUAGAUAACAGCAUACUCUCAAAAUCUGACCACAGAGUUACAAGUCCUUUCCCAGCACUUUCUACAACUGAAGUUAGUUCUGCCCAAGACCUCGCUCCAACAACUGUAGGCUCCUCUCAAAGCCUAAAUGAUACUGAAAUAAAUAAAAACCCUUCUCAACAACAUAUUUCAAAGCAACCUCAGCUCGUAAUUAUAGAAGAUGAACCUUUCCAAAAACCUAUAUUAUUAAAAACUGGCUUCUCCCAACCCCCUCUUGCCCUAAAGCCUACUGCUUUGAGUGAAGGCUCAACUAAGCUCACAAUUUCUACAGAAAUUAAAACUUCUCAAAAUAUCCCCAUCACAACAAAAACAACUGACUCUGUACAGCAUCCAGCAUUAGAAAAGGGUGAAUUAUCACUAACCUCCACUACAAUUAAAACAUCUUCUCAACAGCCAGUGACAGAGGAGUACUCUUUUCAAUCUCCUGCUGAAACUGGGACGGACUCCACUGAGGCACAAAGUAAAACCACCAAACCAACCACUGCAAUAGUGACAGAUACCUCUGCUGUGAGAACCAGCAAUAAACCUUCUCAACAAUGCACUGGUUCUGACUCUGCUGUACUGAGGAAAAAUUCUUCUGAACAACCCACCUCAGCUGAGAUGGACUCUAUUGAGUCUUCCACUUCAGAAUGUCCCCUACAACACACUGCAAAAGAAAGUGAACUAUCUCUGGAUCCUACCACAGCAGAUACACAAUCUUUCAUACAGUUAAAUUCAUCUGUUGCAGCCUCUUCACAACAUCUGAAUGCAACUGAGACAGACUCUUCUCAAAACUCCACUGCAUCAAUCAUAGACUCCUCCCAACAUCCCACUGCAACAGCUACAGACUCUUCUCAGCACUCCACUGCAUUAAUUACAACCUCUUCCAAUCCACUAACUGCAAUGGCCACAGAGUCUUUUCAGCACUCCACUGCAAUAACCGCAAACUCUUCCCAUCCACUAACUGCAACAGCCACAGAAUCUUCUCAGCACUCCUCUGCCAGUUUCAGCCAGUCCACUGCAAAAGUCACAGAAUCUUCUAAAAACUCUUCUUUAACAGGCACAGAUUCCUCCCAGCAACCAACUUCAACAGAGGUAGAUUCUGCACAGCUGCCUAAUGUAGCAGAGGUAGACUCUCUACAACAGAUUCUGCAUGCUGCAACAGAAACAGACCAUUCCCAGCAGUAUACUGCACCAAUCACAGACUCGUCUGAGCUGCUCACUGCAGAGGUCACAAAGUCUUUCCAACAGCCUCCUCCAAAAGACGCACAUUCUUUUCAGGAGGCUGUUUCAAAAGAGGUAUACUCUUCCCAGAAGCCUGCUGGAACUGAAGUUGACAAUGCCCUAAAAUUAACACCAUACACAGUUUCUUCCCAGAGGCCCAGUGCAACACAGAAUGUCUCUUCAGUUAUGUCCGUUGCAACUGAGAUUGAAUCAUUCCAGCAGCCUGCUGCAAGAGAGACAGACUGCUUCCAGCAUCCCACUCCAACAGAGGCCCACUCUCCCCAGCAACCCUCUACGACGGAAACAGACACCUUUCAGAAACCCCCUGCAACAGUCUCAGAUUCUUGCCAGCAUCCCGCUCCACCAGGGACAAACACUUCUCAGCAACCUGCUCCAUCUGAGAGAGACUCUUCAGAGCAAGUGUCUGUAACUGCUGGUGUGGUGGAACAGACCACUCCAACAGUCACAGACACUUACCAGCAGACACCUAAAGCAGACUCAUCCCAGCAUCCCACUUUUAUAGAAGCAAACUCUUUCCAGCAGACCACUCUAAUAGAAGCAAGCUCUUCACAGCAGGCCACUUUAAUUGAAGCAAACUCUUCACAGCAGACCACUGCAACUGAAACGGAUUCUUCCCAACAGACUACUGUAAUGGAAGCAAACUCUUCCCCGCAGACCACUGCAACUGAAACAGACUCUUUCCCACUGAUCACUGCAAGUAAAACAGACUCUUCCCAACAGACCACUGUAAUAGAAGCAAACUCUUCCCAGCAGACCACUGCAACUGAAACUGACUCUUCCCAACAGACCACUGUAUUAGAAGCAAACUCUUAUCGGCAGCCUUCUUUAAUAGAAGCAAACUUUUCCAAGCAACCCCCUGCAACUGAAACAAAGUCUUCCCACCAGUCCGCUUCAGUAGAAGCAGAGUCUUUCCAAUACCCCAUUGCAACAGAUGCAGACUCCUCACAGCAGCCCACUGCAACUGAAACAAAGCCUUCCCAUCAGUCUGCUCCAGUAGAAGCAGACUCUACCCAUCAUCCCACUUCAAUAGAAACACACUCUUCCCAGCAGAGCACUAAAACUGAAACAAAGUCUUCUCAGCAGAUUACCCUAGUAGAAGGAGACACUUCCCAGCAGACCACUGCAACUCAAACAAAGUCUUUUCUACAGAUUGCUCUAAUAGAAGCAGACUCUUCUCAGCAAAUCAUGGCAAUGGAGACAGGCUCUUCCCAGCAGACCACUCUAAUAGACACAGACUCUCCUCAGCAGUUCACUGCAACGGAGACAGACUGCAAAAGAAACCGACUCUACCCAGCAGACCACUAUAAUAGAAGCAAACCCUUCCAACCAGACUACUGCAACAGAAAUAGACUCGUUAGAAAAGUCCACUGCAACAGAAACAGAUUCUUCCCAACAGACCAGUUUAACAGAUACAGACUCUAUCCAGCAGACUAUUCAAACAGAUACAGAUUCCUCCAACAGUCCUCUCCAAUCGAUACAGACUCUUUCCAGCAGACCAUUCUAACGGAAGCAAACUCUUCCCUAAAGCCCACUGCAGCAGCCACAGACUUCUUCCAGCCGCCCGUAGAAGAAGGGGUUGACUUAACCAAGCAGAUCACUGUAACAGAACAAGUAUCUUCUCAAAAUAUUUCUAAAAUAGGAGAAGAUUUUUCCAAACAUCCUAUUGAAACAGAAAACGAAUCCCAUCGAAUCAUCACUGCAACAAUGUCUGACUUUGCAGAUGAAAAAAGAGACAUUAUUGUAUCUAAAGACUUGAGCGAAGUGUUACCCAUUUCACAUGUCAGUACUGAUCAGUUGACUGGUCUUGAUGCAGUGGAUGUGGGCUCAACCCAGCCUCAAGUUUUACCAGAGCCUUGCCUGUCCUCAAAUGUAAUGAACUCAAAUCAAGAUAGCACAGAAUUCCAAUCUAACAUAUCAUCAAAUUCUAUGGAAUCUAGCUGUCCAAUUGACCCAAAACCUGAGAAAACAGAUGAAUGCCGGAAGAAUGAAACCAUUACAAUGCAACCUCAGAAGAAUGACACCUCGGCUAUAGCUCCAGGGAAUGAGAUGCCUCACACAGACAUUUCUACAGUCAUAGACCCUAAUGAGGUUGAUGAAAUCAAACAAACAUCAUCAGAAAAAGAAAACUCUGUCUCUGUCUCUUCAGAAGUGUCAGAAAAGUCCAAUUUGACUGUAACCCAUAAUUCAGAAAAGCAGUCUACAGUGGCAGACAGUCCAAAAUUGAUUUUAUCUGCCCAUCAGUCAUCUACAGCAAAUGUUAUCUCAUGCAGCAACCUUAGAGAUGACACUAAAGUUCUUUUAGAGCAAAUUUCAGCGAAGAACCAAAGCAGAUCAACCCAGUCCAAACAAACUCUCUCCUCACCCAAUGAAGCUAAAGAAGGUGAGGUUAAAUCUGCAUAUAAACCACUCUCAAAAUAUUCGGGAAGGCCCUGGUCCGAAAAGGCUACAGCAGAAGAACGGGAGAUGUUGCUCCAAAAGAUGGAGAAAAUGCGGAAAGAGAGGAAGGUCUACAGCCGUUUUGAGGCCUCAUGAAAAAAAAACUUUUUGGAAAAGUGACUCCAGGAGUAGACAGUAAGAGGGAAACAAUAUUUCCUAAUUUUGCUCCUUCCUCCAAUCUUACCUCAUAACUAUGAACCUGCGCAAACUUGGGAUAAAGUGUCUCAUAAUGUCUGAUUAUACCAAAGAAUGCUGCCUAUGCUGAUAUAGUGGAAAUUCCUAAAAGACUUACAAGGCUAAGCAGAGGAACUGUGUGCCAAAAAAAAAAAGGAACGCAACCUUCCCAGAUGGAAUAAGCUUUCGAUCGGGCAGGAUAUUACCUAUUGUGUGCCUAUAUAUAGCUUUGAAACACAUUUCUGAAUCUUUUGCAAUUAUCAGGAUUUCUGUCUAGAAACUGAGAGUUGGUUGAAUUACUGUAAAUAAAGUGUUGUUUACCAAACAAAGAGGUACAGUAACAAAAAAGUGAACUUGCCAGUGACAAAGCAUGUGAGCAAUGCAACCCAGGCUCAUUCUGAUUGCAUACCCCUAUGUACAUUUCCGGAGAGUGCACGAAUCCACCAGAGGCUGCUGUGGAUGCAUUUUCAGAUCUCAUAUUUCUUUUGCGAGUGCCAUUCAUGCCUGCUGUUCUCACAUAAAUCCACCAAGGGCUGCUGUUGACUGACUGUCCACUGACUGAAUGACUGGUCGACUGACCCACCCUCCCCCUUCCCUAAGCCCAACCAAAUGUUUUAAAAAGCACAGAUUGACUCGCCCACCCACUUCCCUAAACCUAACCGCAGUGUUUUAAAAAGGAAUUCAGAAAAAGAAAAGCCCUCACCUGAUUUUUACCACAUUUUCAGAUUUUACCACACUCUCAUCCUGUUAUUUACUUGUUUAUUUUAUUUUUUUAGCUUUUGUUUUUGUCUUACCUGCUUUCUGGAACCGUUCUUCAUCGAACUCGAACCCUGUUGUCACUGUCAACUCUGCUCUGCGUCUCAAGUCCACCAAUGUACAUGUCAAGCUACCGGACAAAAUGGUAACAACGAGAAAGCCGUCCAUACGGAGAUAAGUGGUCAGCUGGUAAGCGAGAAAAGUAACAGCGUCAUACCUUCCCGUAGAGUUUAUUAUAAAGAUGAAAUGCAGCCAUACGUAGCUCUGGCUGUAUAAUUUGCGAUCUCCAGAAAUGUAUUUAGGGCUACGUUUUCAGAAUGAGCCUAUGUUGGAGCAAUGUGGACCGGGGGGGAAUAUGUGAAACUGUCAGGAGCAAGAAGCAAAUUGUUUUGAAAGUCUUGAAGAUCAUUUAAUGUUCCAGCAUGCUAACAAGUUAUUGUUUUAGUGUCAAUAUAGCUACAACUGAAACUUAUCUCCAAACAUUAUACUUUUUAUUAUUAAAUGUAAUUAUCUUGUGCCCAAAUGUUUGUAAUAUUUUGAAAGAACUAAUAACCUAACUUCAACUUAAAGUAAUGAGAGAACAGCAAAAAAUAUGGAACAAACCGCAGAAUGACUAGAGGAAGCUUAGGAGAAGGAAAGGGAAAUUAAUCAGUCACAAAUGCAGAAAACAGGAAAGAACAUUUUUCUAGAUGUUUGAGUAGAUUGUUUUAUAUAUACAUACAUACAUGCAAUAGAAUGUGUAACAAAAAGUACUUUUUUUGGGGAUUCUGUUUUUACCGUGUUGAAUGAAAUGUGCAAUAUUGUGAAUAUUGGGAUGAUGUACUGAUGUUGAUUUAUUUAAAUUGUGCAAUUUAAUGUUUGUAAACAAUUGUCAAUAUAGUGAGACUGCAUCUGUUGAUAGUUCCCGUUAUUUUCCUGUGUUGAAAUGCCUGUUACGUGUUGCCAUCCUUUCCAAAGCUUGUAAAUCUAAAUCAUGUUAAAGUAAUAUGAGGUCUAUUACACUGACACGAAAAUAAAACUGAAAGAACAAG